AUGGAGAAAGUAAUUAGCAUCACUAGGUGUCAUAACAAUCAACUAUGGUUAGUCCUUCUUGUCUCUUUUCUCCUAUUUGUCCUAUUUAUCAGUUUCGAUUCUUCGGCUUUGAUUCGAGACCAAAACAACUGGUAUUUCUCCACUAUCAUCUAUGGUGAUCACAAGUCUAGUGCUAAUACUUAUGUGAAAUAUUCCAACGAUGAUUAUGAAGAAACUGAGGAUGGAAAUUCAGAUUCGUGCUUUGGUCGGUAUAUAUAUAUGCAUGAUCUUCCUAGUCGUUUCAACGACGAUGUGAUCAAGAAUUGCAGGUCACUAGUUAAAUGGUUUGAUAUGUGCCCUUAUCUAGUAAAUGAAGGUUUUGGUUCUCAGAUUCACAAUCCUAUGAAUGUUUUAUCAAAGAAUGGAUGGUUCGCAACAAACCAAUUCAUGCUAGAAAUCAUUUUCCGCGAUCGAAUGAAGAAGUACGAGUGCUUAACCAACAAUUCAUCGCUAGCUUCCGCGAUUUUUGUACCAUUUUACGCUGGUCUUGAUGUUGGCAGGUAUUUAUGGGGUUACAACAUUACAGUACGAGACUCUGUUGGGGUUGAUUUGGCAAAAUGGCUUGCGAGUAAGCCUGAAUGGAAAAGAAUGUCCGGUAGAGACCAUUUCUUUAUCUCGGGGAGAAUCGGUUGGGAUUUUCAUCGACAAACGUCCAAUGAAGGAGACUGGGGGAGCAAACUAAUGAAGCUGCCUGAAUUUAUGAACAUGACAAUGUUAUCAAUUGAGACAACUUCAUGGAGCAAUGAAUUUGGGAUACCUUACCCUACAUACUUCCAUCCAUCUAGUGACCAUGAAGUACUUGAAUGGCAAACGAAAAUGAGACGCAUAAAGAGGCCUUACUUGUUCUCAUUUGUAGGUGCUCCAAGACCAGGAAAAAAUGACUCAAUCCGGGAAGAACUCAUGGAACAAUGUAUCGCUUCAGGAAAGAAAUGCCAACUGUUUUCGUGUUUCAGUUCGAGUCAAAAGAGUUGUGACAAUCCUGUUGAUGUGAUGAACGUGUUUCGACGCUCAGCUUUCUGCUUACAACCUUCCGGUGACUCCUUCACAAGGCGAUCGAUUUUCGAUUCAAUCUUGGCAGGUUGCAUACCGGUUUUCUUCCACCCUGGAUCGGCCUACGCGCAAUAUAUAUGGCACUUACCAAAAGAUUACACCAAAUAUUCAGUCUUAAUAUCUGAAUUUGAUGUGAGAAGUAGGAAUAUCAGCAUCAAUGAGACAUUGAAGGGGUUUUCCAAGAAACAAGUUUUGAGUAUGAGAAAGGAAGUUAUAAGGCUUAUUCCCAACAUCAUCUAUGCUAAGUCCAAGUUAGAGGACCUGGAAGAUGCAUUUGACAUGGCAAGUAAGGGAGUGCUUGAAAGAGUGGAUAAUAUUAGAAGGAAGAUUGAGGAUGGAAAGGAUCCUAGUAUUGGUUUUGCUGAAGAGAAUUCUUGGGUUUCCAAGUUGAUUGGGAUAGGAAGAGAAAAUGAGUGGGAUCGUUUCUUUUAA